GUGUUCCUUUCCCAUUCUUCUCUGUACUGUAGUACUCAAAACUCACUCCCCCACUUAUAUAUACAAUGUCGGCUUACAAAGACCAGGAUCCUCGUCUUCAUGGCAUCAAAACUAAGAUUCGUGUCGUCCCAAAUUUCCCCAAAUCCGGUUCCUUUUCUCCCUAUUUAAUCUUCUUUUUCUUCUUCGUCUCCUUCCUUUUUAACGAUGUUUUUUGGACUUAGAAAACGAACGACAUCGGAUUCGCUGAGGUAUUAUGUUCCAAGACAUUACUACUCUAUUGCUUGAUCCGAAAGCAUUUAAGGACACAAUCGAUUUGUUCGUCGAGCGAUACAAGGGCAAAAACAUUUCUGUUGUUGCAGGAAUUGAAGCUCGAGGUUUUAUUUUUGGUCCUCCCAUUGCACUGGCUAUAGGAGCAAAGUUCGUUCCUUUGAGGAAACCAAAGAAGUUGCCUGGAAAAGUUAUAUCCCAAGAAUAUAUUCUGGAAUAUGGAAGGGACUGUCUUGAGAUGCAUGUUGGAGCUGUUGAAUCUGGUGAACGUGCUUUAGUGGUUGAUGAUUUGAUUGCAACGGGAGGAACACUCUGUGCAGCUAUGGAUUUGCUAGAACGUGUGGGAGCAGAAGUAGUGGAGUGUGCAUGCGUAAUUGAAUUACCGGAAAUGAAGGGUCGUGAGCGUUUGAACGGGAAGCCAUUGUACGUGUUGGUGGAAUAUAAGGAGAAAUGAAGUGAUGAUGUGAUGAGUGAGGUAGGUUGGAGGCAAAGAAUAUAUUUUAAGAUGAUGUGUGUCUCUCUGUGGGUGCUUUCCCAUUUGGAUUCCCAUCUUAGCUUCGAGUAGGAACGAUCAAAUCAAAUUAAUGCAUUUCUGUGACCCACUCUUUGGGCCUCACCUUUGCUUCCCCACCCCUUUUUCAAAUAAAAUUUUACAUCUUUGCCUAUGA